UUUGACACAUUUACAAUAAAUAGGCAGCACUGUUACAGCUUUGGCUUUCUGUUCCUGAAAUACUAUACCAACUCAGUAGGUGGCAGCAGGUAGUCUAGUGGUUAAGCAGGUGAGCCAGCAAACGAAGAGUUGCCAUUUCGAAUCCAGGGUCUGACGGGAAAAAUCUGGUGCGAAGCAAGCUGGCAACCGGAGGGUGGCUGGUAUCAAAAUCCUAGAUGCCAUUGCCUGCCGUUGUGCCCUUGAGCAAGGCAUUUAACCCCCCCACAACAACUGUUCCACGGGCACCCAGUGUGUGUGUCUUUUGGAGGUUGGGAUUAAGCGGAAGUCAAAUUUCGGUUGAACCUUAAAAGUGGACGAAUAAAAUUAUUUUAAUCUACUCUACAGUAUACUGUAGAAAACAUCUUUAACAUGUCCAUAAUGUAAAAUCACCAGUGCUUAUCAGGUGCUUCAUCUCUGUUUGUGGUUUAUUGAAUUAAAGAGUCUUAGUCUGCAUCCCAAAUGGCACACAAUUCACUAUUCCCUAUACGCUGCAUUACUUCUGAACCCCGGCCCAUAGGGUUCUGAUCAAAAGUAUUCAUAGGCAAUAGGGUGCCAUUUGGGACGAACACCCAGAGAUUGGUGUGAAAGGCACAGCCUCCAGUUUGUGAUCCUGCCUUCUGCCUGACUAAGACUACACGCUGGCGUGAGCGCUACACUGGGUAACUGUCCCAGUGAGGGUAAACAAACGCCAGCUCACACAUAUCAUCUGUAGUGGGAGUAUAGAGUGUACUGCUGCUUUAACACAUUGAAAACAUUGGAGUCGUUGAUUUUGUAUUUGGAGGGGAAUUUUGAAUUGGAUUAAUGGCAGCCCUGAAGACCACAAAAGAACUCAAGAAAGAGUACCUAUCUGUGAAGGACUUGGAAAAGAUUUUGGAUUCUUGCAAGCUGCGGUUGACCCAGAUAAAUGAGGUUUGGCCGAACAUAUUCAUAGGAAAUGUGGCAAUAGCCCAAAACAGGAGUGCCUUGCAGAAGCUAGGUAUCACUCAUGUAUUAAACGCUGCUCAUUCCAAGCGAGGCAGCACAGGGGACCAUAGGUUUUAUGGAAACGGCUUUGUUUAUUAUGGUAUUCCAGCAGAGGACUCAACUCACUUUGAUCUGGAUGUUUACUUCAAGCCCGCAGCUGAUUUCAUUCACAAAGCGUUGAAACAACCAGAUGGGAAGAUUCUCGUCCAUUGCAUUAUGGGUAUGAGCAGAUCGUCUACCUUGGUGUUGGCGUACCUCAUGUUGUAUUGUCACAUCCCCCUCCAUUGUGCCCUCCAGAAAGUAAUCCAGAAGAGAGCCAUUUACCCUAACAGGAACUUCCUGGCACUGCUGCUGGACCUAGAUCUUCAGUUGAAGAGAACAAGGACAACAUGGAGAACCUGUCUGAUUCUGUAGAGAUGAGAACACAGCAAAACGGACCAAAUGCCACAAGUUCAUAUUUUUAUCAGUGCACAAUGAAGGAGCUUAAAAAGAUGAAGUUGAUUUUCAAAUCAAGUGGGAAUUAAUUUAUGUAAAAUCCCUUUCUUGUGCCCAAACUACCUAAAAACAAACAAGUAUACCUCACCUACAUACGGUAUGUUGAAUAAAAUAUGUUGCAAAAUGUUUUUGAUUUAUAUUUCAUUUGAUUGCUAAAGAGCUGAUUGUUAUUGGCAUUAUACACGUAUGGAUGGAUGUUUUAAAAGUUUUCAGCGGUGUCAUCAAAUGAGGUCAUUGGUAAACAGAGCUCAGACAACGGCUGUGUCCACACAGUGAAGGAACAUCCUUCGUAGAAAGCACGAGCAGUAUCUCUAAAGUUAUUUUGUCGCUGCCGACAAAACCCAAACAGUGUGUCCUUUCCCACUCUCCAUACCUACUGGUAGCUCACAUAACCUUGUGGGUAUGCAGAAGAGAUGCCAGAAUUAUUUUGAGCUGAGAUCGUUCAGAUGUUAAAAUAGAACGAAAGAGAUAAGGCAGAUGACACUACGAGUACCUACAGCCAAUUGUGCUGCUAAAAAACAUGUACAAGAGCUCCUGUUUAAUGAGAUUAUAAUAUGUUUUAUGAGCAGUCUGUUAGAAGAAUAAGUCAUCUCUGCACAAUAUCAAUUUGGCUAUACACUGAGUGUACAAAACAUUAGGAACACCUUCCUAAUAUUGAGUU